AUUUAAUACUAAUUUAUAUUAAUUUUAAACUAAUAUUUAGAUUUUGAUAUUAAACAUGAAAUUCUUAAUAGCAUUGAUGUGUGGAUUGGUUUGUAUUGUGAGCGCAGACUAUCCUAUAGAGGAAUAUAAAGCGGUCGCUAAGUCCCGGAACUUUACAGGAAAAGUGGUUCUCGUGACCGGUUCCUCGUCGGGCAUCGGAGAGGGAAUCGUUAAACUGUUCUCAAUAUUAGGGGCUAAUGUUGUGGUCACCGGAAGGACAGCUCCAGAUGUUCAACGAGUAGCUAAAGAAGUUCAGGAAUUAUCUCCGUUAAAACUGAAGCCAUUAGAAGUUGUGGGGGAUAUCACUAAAUCUUCAGAUGUAAAUAAUUUGAUCGAUUCUACGGUCAAAACUUUUGGCCGAUUGGAUGUAUUGGUUAAUAACGCCGGUAUAUAUCCGGACACAAACAUCACCCAAACAGACUUAUUAUCAGUUUGGGAUCAAGUAUUUGGCGUUGAUUUACGCGCUGUCGUAGAACUCAUCCACCGAUCGGUUCCACAUCUGGAGAAGACUAACGGAACUAUUAUUGAUAUUUCAAGUGACUUAUCUCUCGCACCGAUCAAACAAAAGCUAGCUUAUUGUCCGGCCAAAGCGGGUCUGGAUAUGUUGACCAAAAUAUUAGCCCUGGAAUUGGGGCCCAAAGGUAUUCGUGUCAAUACUGUUAAUCCGGGUGUAACCCAUGUAAGAGAGCCCCCGAACCCAAUGGAAAAGCUUACGGCAAAAGUAACGCCAUUGGGACGCAAUGGUCAACCCCUAGACAUGGCCCGUGCGGUCGCAUUCCUGGCCUCCACUGACGCCGAGUUUAUUACCGGCGCUAAUAUUUUAGUGGACGGCGGACUUGUAUACAACAUGGACUAUCCUAUAGAAGACUAUAAAGCGGUUGCAAAGUCGCGGAACUUUACGGGUUCUGUAGUUGUAGUGACCGGUUCCUCGUCGGGCAUCGGAGAGGGAAUCGUUAAACUGUUCUCAAUAUUAGGGGCUAAUGUUGUGGUCACCGGAAGGACAGCUCCAGAUGUUCAACGAGUAGCUAAAGAGGUUCAGGAAUUAUCUCCGCUAAAAUUGAAGCCAUUAGAAGUUGUGGGGGAUAUCACUAAAUCUUCUGAUGUAAAUAAUUUGAUCGAUUCUACGGUCAAAACGUUUGGCCGAUUGGAUGUUUUGGUCAAUAACGCCGGUAUAUAUCCGCAAACAAACAUCACUCAAACAGAUCUGUUAUCAGUUUGGGAUCAAGUAUUUGGCGUCAACUUACGCGCUGUCGUAGAACUCAUCCACCGAUCGGUUCCACAUCUGGAGAAGACUAACGGAACUAUUAUUGAUAUUUCUAGUGACUUAUCUCUCGCACCGAUGAACCAAAUGCUUGCUUAUUCAUCGGCCAAAGCGGGUCUGGAUAUGUUGACCAAAAUAUUAGCCCUGGAAUUGGGGCCCAAAGGGAUUCGUGUCAAUACUGUUAAUCCGGGUGUAACUCAUGUAAGAGAGCCCCCGAACCCAUAUGAAAAGUUGGCCCCAAAGGUGACGCCAUUGGGAAGAGUGGGUCAACCCCUAGACAUGGCCCGUGCGGUCGCAUUCCUGGCCUCCACUGACGCCCAGUUUAUUACCGGCGCUAAUAUUUUAGUUGACGGCGGACUUCUAUACAACAUGGACUAUAGUAUAGAAGACUAUAAGGCGGUCGCAAAGUCGCGGGACUUUACGGGAAAAGUGAUUAUAGUGACCGGUUCCUCGUCGGGCAUCGGAGAGGGAAUCGUUAAACUGUUCUCAAUAUUAGGGGCUAAUGUUGUGGUCACCGGAAGGAAAGCACAGGACGUUCAACGAGUGGCCAAAGAAGUGCUAGAAUUAUCGCCUCUAAAAUUGAAGCCAUUACAAGUUGUGGGAGAUUUGACCAAAAGCUCUGAUAUAAACAAUUUAAUCGAUUCAACGAUCAAAACGUUUGGUAAAAUUGAUGUAUUGGUCAAUAACGCCGGUAUAUAUCCGCUGACAAACAUCACACAACCGGAUCUGUUGUCAGUUUGGGAUCAGAUAUUUGCCGUCGAUUUACGCGCUGUCGUAGAACUCAUUCACCGAUCGGUUCCACAUCUGGAAAAAACCAACGGAACUAUAAUUGAUAUCUCAAGUGUCUGCUCACUCGCACCGAUGAAGGGUACUUCGGCUUAUUCAUCAGCUAAAGCGGGUCUGGAUAUGUUGACCAAAAUAUUAGCUCUGGAAUUGGGGCCCAAAAACAUUCGCGUCAAUACUAUUAACCCGGGAACUAUACACGUGAGAGACCCGCCGACUCCUAUAGAAGUAAUUUCGCCGAAAUACACGCCAUUGAGAAGGAAUGGCGAGCCCUUAGACAUCGCCCGUGCGGUUGCAUUCCUGGCCUCCACUGACUCACAGUUUAUUACCGGCGCGAAUAUAGUGGUAGACGGCGGGGCUAUAUAUAACGCCGGUGUUUUUAAUACCAUUAUAUUUUAACCCUGUAUUUGCAUUAUUGAAAUAAAGUAAAUUACA